AUGCAUUCUCAGCAUCAAUCCGCCUCUAAUAAUACAGAUAAUAAUGACAAUGGGAGUACGAACGUGAAUGGAGGCAAUCAAAAUGCAGGACUGGAGCAAUUGGCCAUUGUCGGCAUGGCCUGUCGCUUGCCCGGCGAUGUCUCCAGCCCGGAAGAUUUCUGGGAAUUGUGCUCUCGUGGUAGAAGCGCGUGGUCACCAAUCCCCGAGUCCCGAUUCAAUGCCUCCGCGUUCUAUCACCCCAAUCCUGAUCGUGCCGGAUCAAUCAGCACGAAAGGUGGCCACUUUCUGAAAGAGGAUGUCGGCCUGUUCGAUGCGCCGUUCUUCAACAUCACUCUCCAAGAAGCACGAUCUCUCGACCCCCAACAACGGCUGGCCCUCGAAUGUACAUACGAAGCGCUUGAGAAUGCAGGCAUACCGAACCAUUCGAUCGCGGGGCGCAAGAUUGGCGUUUUUGCGGGCGCCUCGAUCCCGGAGUACGAUAUGAACAAUUUUAAGGACACGGAGGCAAGUCCUAUGUAUGCGGCAACGGGCACCGCUGCUUCGCUGCAGUCGAAUCGCAUUUCAUACUAUUUUGAUCUUCAGGGGCCUAGUCUCACGAUAGAUACUGCGUGCUCCUCCAGCUUGACUGCUGUGCAUUUGGCCUGUCAAAGUCUUCGCGCGGGAGAAUGCUCCACUGCUAUUGUAGCCGGAUGUCACCUGAACUUGUUCCCGGAAGGUUUCAUAUCCAUGACGCGCGCAAGACUACUCUCCGAAGAAGGACGUACAUAUGCAUUUGACGAACGAGGAAAUGGAUUCGGACGUGGCGAAGGUGUUGGUUGCAUCGUGUUGAAACCACUCGAUGUCGCGCAAAAGGCAGGAGACGCUGUGAGAGCUAUCAUCGUGAACACCGGAACAAAUCAAGACGGCCGAACAAGAGGAAUCACCAUGCCCAACGGCGCAGCGCAAGUAUCGCUCAUGCGCUCGGCCUACGAAGAGGCGGGCGUCGACCCUGCACUGGCAGGAUACGUCGAAGCGCAUGGCACAGGAACCCAAGUGGGAGAUCCAAUCGAAGCGACGGCGCUGCAUACAAUUUUCGGCAAAGGUCGGACACCUCGCCAGCCGUUGUUCAUUGGCUCGGUCAAAUCAAAUCUCGGCCAUCUAGAGGGCGCUAGUGGAGUUGUUUCGAUAAUUAAAACGGCCAUGAUGUUAGAAAGGGGAUUUGUGCUACCGAACUGCAAUUUCGACAAGGCAAACGGGGACAUUCCCUUGGCAAAGUGGAAUAUGAAGGUACCCAAGAAGUUGGUCCCGUGGCCUCGAGGCAAGCCCUACGCCAGUGUGAACAACUUCGGUUUCGGAGGAUCAAACGCCCAUGUCAUUCUGCGGGCUGGCUCCCGUAGCAAAGGCGACGGAACCAUCAAGUCAGACCCCCUGCCACGAAAGCUAUUCGUUCUCACAGGCCAUGACAAACAAGCGCUUGCGCAGCGGGCAAGUGAUCUUAAUGCGUACCUUGUGAAGCACCCGGCAAUAUUCGACAAUCAAUUAUUGGGUAACAUCGCAUAUACACUCGGCCAAAGACGAAGCUUCUUUCAAUGGAGGCUUGCAGUGUCCGCAUCGGUAGACAAAGAAUUAGUCGGAUUCUUAACCAGUAACCCCGAACCACAUCGAGCGGCGCAAGAUCCUGUCCUGGCGUUUGUCUUCACUGGCCAGGGGGCUCAAUGGCUUGGGAUGGGCAAGGAGUUGAUAGCGAACUAUCCAGUGUUCAGACAGACAAUGCGAGCUGUGGAUGCUUGCCUCGCGGAUCUUGGAGCUGCUUUCUCAAUGAUCGAUGAGUUAGUUCUCGACGAUCCCGCUACUAGCUCGCUCUCCAAAGCCCACAUGAGCCAGCCAGCAUGCACAGCUGUUCAACUAGCAUUGGUCGAUUUGCUCCGUUCAUGGAGGAUCAACCCUAGUGCUGUGACAGGGCAUUCUAGCGGCGAGAUAGCGGCAGCAUACGCAGCCAAGAAUCUGACUCUAGAAGAAUGCGUUCAGAUCGCAUACGCUCGUGGCCUUGCCUCCAGCUUUUUAACGCAAAAUUCAAAGACCCAAGGAGCUAUGUUAGCGGUGGGCGCCAGCGCCACGGAGGUACAGCCAUUUAUCGAUGCGCUUUUGAACAAACAUGCCGUCAUCGCGUGUGUAAAUAGUGGAUCCAGCGUCACGGUAUCCGGAGAUGAGGAGGCCAUCGUCGAACUACAGGGUGUUCUGGAUAAAGAGCAAAUGUUUACCCGCCGGCUGCAGGUAGAUGUGGCCUACCAUUCUCACCAUAUGAAGCAGGUUGCUCAGCAAUAUCGUCUCCUGAUGGGCAAGGUAGCUCCAAAAGACUCUGACAUUCCCUUUCAUUCAGCAGUUCACGGCCGGAAAAUGUCUGCACCAAACCUCAAUGCGUCAUAUUGGGUGGAUAAUCUUGUUUCCCGGGUGGAGUUUGUUCAAGCUCUCCAGAGCCUUCUCACGGAGAAUCCUAAAGUCAAUACGCUGAUUGAAAUUGGCCCGCAUUGCGCUCUUCAGACGCCAAUCAAGCAAAUUUCUUCGCAUAGCUUCUCAAGCAGGACGAUCGAGUAUCUACCAACAUUGAAGCGCAAGGUUGAUGCAGUCGAGGCUGCCCAGCAAUUCGUGGGCGCCCUCUUCACGCGCGGCUUUCCAGUUGAUCUGGGAGCCGUCAAUUUCCCCGAUACGGACCGUGCACAAAAGCCAACGCUGUUAACAAAUAUGCCCAAAUACCCAUGGAAUCAUUCAGAGCGAUACUUUCACAUGUCCCGAUUGGCGCAUAAUCUGUACUAUAGGCCAUCUCCGCGCAACGACCUCCUCGGCUCCCUCUGCAUGGAAAACAUUGAUCUCGAGCCCCGCUGGAGAAAUAUUCUUCGAUUGGAUGACUUCCCAUGGAUUCGUCAGCACAAGGUCCUGGGGAGCAAUGUUUACCCGUUGACGGCAUUCCUGUCUAUGGCGAUUGAAGCAAUAGUCAAGCAGGCCGAACUGCAUCACAUCAUAUUGGAGAAGAUCGAGCUUCGAGACGUGUCGAUCUCUCGUGCCUUGACCAUCCCUGAGGGAGCAUCGGUCGAAACUAUGUUUACCUUGAGACGUGUGAAUGAAUCCUCUAGUAGGUCUCUGGAUGGUUGGCAUGAGUUUAAAGCCUUCUCGUGGGUUGAAACGCGUGGCUGGGAGCAACAUUUCCACGGGUUUGUGAAAGGCCAAGAACAUAAGGAUGCGAACCCGGUUGACGGAAACCGGCGAGAGGCGGCCAUUUCAGAGGAGAUAUCACGGCAAUUAUCAGACAUACAGACUGCAUGCACUGUGCCUGUUGAAUCCGAGACUCUAUACAGCAAUGUUGGGAGCAGCGGUGUUGAGUAUGGGUGGCUUUUCCGAGGCCUGUCUGACGUGUUUGUUAGCGACGACUUGAAAGCAAGAGCUACCUUUAGCGUGCCAGACACCAAACCGUGUAUGCCGAAUGAGUAUGAAACGGAUUGCAUCAUUCAUCCUGUCACACUCGAUCAUUGUCUCCAAAUAUUGUGGACACUCCUUGGAUACCAGAACGGACAAAUGGAUGUAACGUACGUUCCAUCCCGGAUCUCGCAGUUCACUAUAUCUCUCGCGCGACCUUUCUCUGCAGGCACCCAGUUUCAGCUCUAUGCACGACCUCCUCUACCCUCUUCAACCCACCGACCACGGGGUAACCGAAUCUUAGUGAUGCAGCCCGAAGACCCUGAAAAUGCAGCUAUUGAAAUCGAUGGGGUGGUCAUGGUACCUAUGACCAACGACGGCGGUAGAACAUGGGCAAAGGAGCCCAACGCCAUGUGCUAUAAGCUUCACUGGGAGCCGUGUCUUGACUUCCUCACUACGAAAGACUACAAGUCCUUGCUCGAGGGAAGCAAAGGAGAUCCGCACGGAGUCCAGAGAAUGCGACUCUUAGACCGGCUGGCUGAGCACUACCUUCGAAACGCUCUGAACCGUGUUUCGGAUGAGGAAGUACGCAACCUCGAAAACCACUACCUGAAAUUCUACCGCUGGGUCCAGAAGGCCUGCCGUACAGCCCGUCUCGCGGAGCCAUUGUCACAACAGACAAUUGAAUACGUUAGAAACAUGAACGGAUCAGGGGCCCUCCUGUAUCAAAUCGGAGAGUCACUUCCGGGGAUUCUGCGCGGAGAAGUGGACCCGUUGACCUGUAUGCUCGAAGACGACUUGUUGAACAGAUACUAUCAAGAGAUCGAUAACAUGCGGCAAUCAUAUUCCCAGGUCUCGGUGUGUAUCAACCAGAUGGGACAUCAGAACCCAAACCUAAACAUUGUCGAGAUCGGCGCCGGAACCGGCGGUGCCACAGUGCCCAUUCUGGAAGCACUCGGGGGAGGGAAAUCCGGAACAACACCUCGCUUCAGCCAGUAUACCUACACCGACAUCUCGCCCGGCUUUUUCGAAAAGGCCAAAGUCAAGUUCGAGGCGUGGGACCAUCUCAUGACGUACCAAACGCUCGAUAUAUCCUCCGACCCGACGAAGCAGGGUUAUCAGGCUCAUUCAUACGACUUGGUUGUUGCGUGUAACGUGCUCCAUGCGACUCCGGAGAUCAACAAGACAGUCGAACAUGUGAGGAUGCUACUGAAGCCUGGGGGUAAGUUGAUUCUGAUCGAGGAGACAUCUUUCAAAGCCAGACUUUUCCCGUUCGCAUCGUUGCCUGGGUGGUGGCUGAGUCAAGAUCCAACUCGCGUUGACGGACCGCUUCUCGAUCUCAAUGGAUGGAACAGUGUUUUGGCGGCGAAUGACUUCUCCGGAAUUGACAUCCAGCUCGAUGACUACCCGGACUCCGAUGAUAGAAGCAGCAGCAUCAUGGUAUCUACGGCGAAGGGCUUGAAGAACGGCCCGGAGAAUGACGGCGACAUCGUGAUUAUCGAGGAUGGUUCGCAGAAAGAGUCCAAUCUCAAGCGGGACUUGAAACAAUCAUUAAGAGAGUCUACGGGUGUGUUGCCCGUCGAAACAAAACUCACCCAGGCAAACGUCACUGGAAAAUGGUGUGUUUUCAUUGGUGAUAUGGACCAACCCAUUCUCUCGCAGUUGGACCCUAGCCACUUCAAGAAAAUCCAGAAUCUCGUCAGUGGAGCUCGAGGACUGUUGUGGGUCAUCCAGCACAACAACAAGGACUCACGAUCACUCGCCGAGAACAUGGUGAUAGGUCUUGCUCGAACAGUGAGAUCAGAAACUGGGCUGCCAUUCAAGUCACAGCUUACAGAGGCCGACAUGGAAUUCACUGUUCGCCAAGGGCGUAUUUGUGUAUCGCGACUUGUGGAUAACGAUAUGCUCAAUUUGAGCAUCCAGCAAGAAACACAGGAGGCGCCACCACAGCUACAACCAUUCCAGCAGCCGGAGCGGCCGUUGCGACUCACCACCGGCCAUAGCCGGAUGUUGGAUGAGCUGUAUUUCACCGAUGAUCAGUCUCUCGAAGCCCAAUUGCCAGAGGAUUAUAUUGAAGUCCGCGUCUCGCAUGUGGGUCUGAACUUUAGAGAUGUGCUUGUCGCCAUGGGCCAGCUCCAGGAGGGCAUGCUGGGUCAGGAGUGCAGUGGAACCAUCACCGCUGUUGGGUCGAAGGUCACCGACUUCCAAGUAGGAGAUCGAGUGUUUGCUAUGUCUCCAGGAUGUCUGGCGGCUAUCGCACGAUGCCCGGCCUACUGCGCAUGGACUGUACCAAAGAAUGUCUCGCUAGAGGUAGCAGCUUCCGUUUCCACAGUCUUCAGCACAGCAUACUACUCACUGAUAGAGCUCGGACGGCUAAAGGAAUGGGAAAGCAUCCUCAUCCAUGCUGCCGCCGGAGGAGUCGGACAAGCAGCCAUCAUCAUAGCACAGUCCAUUGGGGCCAGAAUCUUCGCCACCGUCGGCAGCCAGCAGAAGAAGGAAUUCCUGAUGGAGACGUACAACCUAGCCGAUGACCAGAUCUACUUCAGCCGAGAUACCUCGUUUGCCCGGGGGAUUCUUCACGCCACGGACGGCGAGGGUGUCGAUGUGGCCUUGAACUCCCUGGACGGGGAUGCACUGCAGGCAACCUUCAAAUGUGUUGCGCCGUUCGGUCGGUUCAUCGAGAUGGGGAAGAGGGAUAUCGUGCAGAACUCCAGACUCGAAAUGGCGCCCUUUGAUAGGAACGUGUCGUUUGCCUCGGUGGAUAUGAACGUGGUCCGGGAGAAGCGACCGAAGAUGUUCAACAGGCUGUUGCGCAAUUCCAUGGAUCUGUUUGUUCGAAGCAAGGCGCGAGUGCAAUGGCCUAUUACCACGCUCCCAAUCUCGGAGAUUGAGUCUGGCUUCCGUGCCUUGCAGGGUGGUCAGGUUAUUGGGAAGAUGGUUGUUCAGAUGGUGGAUAACGAAGACGACGCCCCUGCUAUGGUGAAGGUCCACCCAGCCAGACGUCCCGGUGCUAUCCUCCAGCCAAAAGCCUCGUACAUAGUCGUCGGAGGAACAAGCGGAAUCGGUCUCGACCUAGCUAGCUGGCUCCCAAGCAAAGGCGCAACGCAUCUCAUCCUUGUUUCUAGGAGCGGCGCAUCAAGUGACAACGCCAAGCAGACAUUACAAGAUCUGACCGCCAACGGAGUGGCAGUCGAAGUAUGUCGCUGCGACAUAUCCAACCAGACAGACGUCACAGAAAAGCUAGGCCAUGUCCUUGGCCAAAUGCCGCCUGUUCGAGGCGACAUCCUGUUCGAAAAAAUGACCUACGACGACUACAUGGCUGUCAUCAAACCUCGAGUCCACGGCAUCAUGAACCUGCAAACCCUCCUCGCCACCUCCACCCUCGACUUCUUCAUCAACCUCUCCUCCGGCGCCAGCUUCAUCGGCAACAUGGGCCAAGCCCAAUACGCCGCCAGCGGCGGCUUCAUGGCAGCCAUGGCGCAGUACCCGCACGCCUCCGGGCUUCCCUGCACAACCCUCGACCUACCCAUCGUCCGCGGCGUCGGCUACCUCAGCGAAGACCAGCAGAAGCUGGAACAGGUAUCCGCGCAGCUCGGCACGUCCGCCAUCACGGCCACCGAGAUCCGCUGCAUCGUGGCGGCGGCAAUCCGGAACGAGAUCCGCACGUCCAGCGAAGGACACUGCGUUAUCGGCUUCGACUUCAUCAAAUCGACCCCUGUCGCGGAGCUCCCUCACUGGGUGAAAGACGCGCGGUUCUCGAACCUCACCCGUCUGUCGCGACUCAUGGAAACAGCCGCGUCGAAUACCGCGUCGAAACAUAUCGCUGCGGAGGUUUCGCCCGCGGUGGCGGUUCGGGCUGCGAGGGCGCUCGACGGCGCAGAGAGCUUAGUCGUGGAUGCGGUGAUCAAGAAGUUGUCGAGUAUCUUGAUGAGGCCGGCGGAGGAGCUGGAUCCGUCGGUGCCGAUCUCGGUGUAUGGGUUGGAUUCGUUGGUGGCGAUUGAGGUGCGGAAUUGGAUUACGAGGGAGCUGGAGGCGAGUUUGCAGAUCUUGGAGAUCUUGGCGAGUGAUUCGUUGCCGGUGCUGGCGAGGUUGAUUUUGAAGAAGUCGGGCAUUUUGUCGGUCAAGGUCAAGGAGGAGUGGGGGUUGAUGAAUGAGGGUUAG